UUUUGCCAUCAAUGUCACUGCUGAACUCUGGCUGGCCACACCCAGGAGAGAGGCCUACCCCUCUGGAGCCAAAUCCACCAGUCAACCCAGACAGCAACCCAGGCCAGAGGCCAGAGGAGGACCCUGAGGAGGCCUCUGCUCAGGAUCCUGAAAUUCUGCAUUUGGGGCACCCUGACCUGGACACCAGCCAAACCCCCAGCUGGCCUGGGCUCCGGACCCUCCUGCAGCAGCUCCCUCCACAGGACAGCGAUGAGCGAUAUUGCCUGACCCUUGAGGAGGAGGAGCUGGCCGAACUGAGGCUCUUCUGUGCCUGGCGGAGGAGGGAGGCCCUGGGACAGGGGGUGGCCCGCCUGGUACCUCCCAAGCUUGAAGAAUGCACCUGUGAAAAGUGCAGGGAGCCGCUGAGGCCAGGGGAGUAUGGAGUGUUCGCAGCCAGGGCAGGAGAGCAGUGCUGCUGGCACCCGGCUUGCUUCGCCUGCCAGGCCUGUGGCCAGGCCCUGAUAAACCUCAUCUACUUCUACCACGAUGGGCAUCUCUACUGCGGCCGUCAUCAUGCGGAGCUGCUGCGGCCUCGGUGCCCGGCUUGUGACCAGCUGAUCUUCUCCCGGCGUUGCACCGAGGCCGAAGGACGGCGCUGGCACGAGAACCACUUCUGCUGCCAGGACUGCGCCGGGCCCUUGGGCGGGGGACUUUAUGCCCUGCCGGGGGGUGACCCCUGCUGCCCCAGCUGCUUUGAGAGUCGCUAUUCAGAUGCCGGCUCGAGGCCGGCUGGAACCCAGGAAGGCAGGGCGUCCCUGGGAGAGGCGGAGCUCGGCAGAGGUGAAGACCCCGACAGCUACCUGCGGAAGUCUGCGUCCAUCUCCCGGGCAGCCCUUCUCGCCACUGGCGACAACUCUAGUGUGGAAACCCAGACGGAGAUGCUUGGAUCCAGUCCGGAGCAGGAGUGUCAAGCUGGGAACAAAGCGGAGGCACCCAAAGGGCAAGAGCAGAGCCUCCUGGAGACUCCUCUUGAUCCCAAGGAGGACGCUCCCUGCCCCACCUGCUCCUCUUCCUCUGAAUCGGAACCCGAAGGAUUUUUCUUAGGCCAGCGGCUUCCCCGGCCCUGGGAGACCCCCAGAAGUCUCCAAGCUGGGGACAGCGACACCUCCAGGAAGCAUUGCACCAUUUGCUAGUAGCGCAACCCGGAGAAUGAGGGGCUGGUGGGAGGGUGAACUGUAGGGCAAGAGAGCGAGGUUCCCCCCCCCAAUAUAAAAAUCCUAGACUGAACGUUAUCAGGGCCGUGGCUGGGAGAGGCGGCGAGAUGAUAAAUUCGGAGUGCUUCCUUUCAGCCCGCACACUUUUCGUGGAGACUCUUGUGGAACCCCAUUCCCCAAAGCUACGCAUCCCCUCUAAGAGAGCCCCUAUCCGACCCCAACAGGCUGGGCAGCCCCAUCCCCCUCAUCCUCCUCCUGAGCCAAUGAAGUGAUCACUCAAGAGACCACUAGUGAUGAUGACGGGUGGGCGAAAGCCAAGAGGGAGCUGGAGGUGGAACCCGACCAGGGGAGGUUGGAGCUGGGCGGCGCUUCGCUUCCCGCAGAGCUUGGAGUUCUCCCUCCCUCCCGGAGUCGGGUCGAGCUGCAGCAGCGGCGCCCUCUGCCUGCUGGUAGCCGGCGGAAGUGCAAGACCGGAAAUUGCGUGAUCCGCCGGCGCCGGCACGGUGGGUAGAGAGAGGCCUCGCAGAGUUCGGAGGUGCUGCCAUGACUUCCACUGGGGUUGGCGUGAACCCUGCGGGCUCGUCAAAUGAAGCUCCCGAAAUUCCAGACAACGUGGGAGAUUGGCUUCGGGGCGUCUACCGCUUUGCUACCGAUAGGAAUGACUUCCGGAGGAACUUGAUCCUCAAUUUGGGGCUCUUUGCUGCAGGCGUUUGGCUGGCCAGGAAUUUGAGUGACAUUGACCUGAUGGCACCUCAGCCAGGGGUUUAGCCAUAAAGACACAUGGAACCCCUGUGCUGUCCUCCAACCUUCCAAAAACAGAGCAUCCCAUCUGUGACCAUCACAAGACUUGCCCUGAUGGCAGCUGACGUUUGAUUCAGAUGGGCAGCCUUCCUUCCCUGCUUGAUUUCCUUUUCUUUGCUGAGUCCACUCAGAACACCCUCCUCUGGUCAGCAGGCAGGCCUCAGCUAAAGUGUUCUUCUCUGUUCUGUAAAGUUCUGUACAUAGUUCCUAAGUUUCUGCAGGGGCUUAUCUUUGCUCUUGUCCUGAGGAAUAAUCUAAUGGUAUUUUAACAAAUAUUUGAAAUAAAGACUCUACACAAAGA